UUAGAGAGGGACUUGUGAGUUGGGAGAGAGAGAGAGAAGAGGUAGAGGGGAACUCAAAAAAAACGGCAAAAGCAGCGGCAAUAGUGAGUCUGAGCAAAACAAGAGGAGCCAGCCUAAAGAAAGGUUCCUCUAAUAUUAGCAAACUCAAUUCUCUGCCAUCCAUCGCCACAAACCCUUCCCUUCCCUCUCCCUCUCCUCUUAUACAGAUUCUCCACUUCUCUCUCUGUAUCUCUCCCCCUCUUUUUACUCUCCUUGUCACACACACUCCUCUUCUUCUACGUCUUCUCCACACUCUUCACCGGGAUACGCAUACAGAGUCGCAUUCUGGGUCUCUGAGGAUUUGUUCAUCUGGGUUUCCUUCUUGUGGAUUGAAAAAGCUAUCUACAUAAUGCGGGAAGGAAGUACAAUUAGUUCGGAAGGAGAACUCAAGGUAAGUUUUGGCUAUCAAUGCAGUGGUGAUGAACGUAAAUCUUGCAUGAUUUCAAAUGGCUGCACAUCCUUGCCUAAAACGAUAAUCCAAAGGACCAGCAGUUUCUCUUGCUUGUCUGGUGCUGCUUUAAGUGCUAAUGCCACAUUGGCCAACACAAAUAUCUGCAAUGGUGUGAUUAGGGCAGAAAUACUUCCCACUUGGGAUUCCCCUAAUUCAUUUCGUAAGAUUCCAUCUUCUCCGUCGCUAUCCCGGUUGGAUAUGCUAUCAUCUUCUCUCCAAAGUAAUUUUUCAACUUUAAGUUGUAGUCCAUCCACUCCAAGUGACGCACCUGAAUAUGAUUCAUUUUCAUUGAAAUCUAUGAGUGCUCCUUCUGCAAGUGAAGGUUUUCUUAAUACUAUGGAAGUUCAAGUGGCUGGCGGAGCUGCUGGUGAAGACAGGGUUCAAGCAGUUUGUUCCGAGGAAAAUGGGUGGCUAUUUUGUGCUAUUUAUGAUGGCUUCAAUGGAAGAGAUGCAGCUGAUUUUCUGGCCGGUACACUAUAUGAAACUAUCAUAUAUUACUUCAGUUUAUUAGACUGGAAUGAGAAACAGGAUGCCAUAAGAGCUACCAAUGGAUCCCUCCAAUGCGUACUAGAGAAUAGUAACAUUGGCCAGAAGGGAGGAAUUUCUUCAAUGAUUGACAGAAACAAGUGUUUGGGUAUUGACAUCUUCUCCGACAAUGGCCUGUACUCAAAGGGGGAAGUCUCAUCUGAUUUGUUUAGACAUGGGGUGCUGGACAGCCUCAAGCGUGCUCUUGAUCAGGCUGAAAACGACUUUUUGUAUAUGGUUGAGCAAGAAAUGGAUGACCGCCCUGAUCUAGUGUCUGUAGGGUCUUGUGUUUUGGUUGCACUGCUCCAUGGAAAGGAUUUGUAUACACUCAAUCUAGGUGACAGUAGAGCUGUAUUGGCAACAUAUGAUCCUGGCAAUGAAAAGAGUGAGUAUGAGAGACUGCAAGCUCUCCAACUCACUGAUAGUCAUACAGUUGACAAUGAUGCUGAGAGAGCUCAACUAUUGUCUGAUCAUCCUGAUGAUCAGAUGACAAUUGUAUCUGGAAAGGUGAAGGGCAAGUUAAAAGUUACACGUGCUUUCGGAGUCGGAUACCUUAAAAAGGAAAAGCUUAAUGAUGCACUGAUGGGAAUUCUUCGAGUUCGUAACCUCAUAAGCCCUCCAUAUAUUUCAACUCAGCCAUCACUUAAUGUGCAUCGGAUCUCAGAGUCUGAUCACUUUGUUAUUCUUGGGAGCGAUGGCUUGUUUGACUUCUUCAGCAAUGAGGAGGCUGUAAGGCUUGUCCAUUCUUAUAUCUUACAGAACCGUUCUGGUGAUCCAGCGAAGUUUCUACUGGAGCAGGUCCUAGAAAGAGCAGCUGAUAGUGCAGGUUUCAGUACGGAAGAAUUGAUGAAUAUUCCAGCCGGCAGGAGGAGGAAAUAUCAUGAUGAUGUAACUGUAAUCGUGGUCAUCCUUGGAACUAACCAACGCACUACCAAGGCAUCGACUUGCAUGUAAGUGAUCAUGUAGCAUCUUCUGUCCUGCAAUAAUAAUGACGUGGUAGAAACGUAGAAGUGCUUACUGUUUUGAAAGUGUAUGUAUCUGGUGCUUGAUGUCGCUCUUCUGUAAAAAAAAAAAAUUAUAUGAUGACCAACUUUGCCCCGUUUGCAAAGUGAGCUUUAUUUUUGUUGCGCAAAUAUGGUGAAAGUGAAUCCCCGUAGUCAAUACAAAUCACUGAUUUGUAUUAAUGGAUUUCAUGUAGCCAACCCCAAACUGUUUGGGACAAAAACAUUGAUGAUGAUGAUGAAAAUUGUUUCAGGGUGAAUGAUUUUGUACGGGUAAAUGAAAUGUAUUCCAUUGGAAAAUAAUUAUACAAAAUAAUGAGUUCCUUUACUAUUA